AACAGGGCCUGUCGUCAUUUCCCUAAUAUAAAACGGAAACUGGCGAGUCCACGAAAUAGAGAAAAGCGACGAGAGGUGAUGCUUGGACGAAUAUAUAAUCAAAUAACAACACAACAAUACUAAGGAACUGUUUUCAGUUGCUUAUUUUUCUAUAGUGCUGUCGACGGAAGACCCACAACAAUGUCUGCCCAAGCUCAAAUGAGAGCUUUGCUCGACCAGCUAAUGGGAACAGCGAGGGAUGGUUCAGUGUAUCUUUGCCAGCCUACAACAAUCUGCAAAGGAGUUGCAGAAAAGCCUCAUGUUCAUCGAGCCGUAUGGGCAAGAAAACUGUUCCCAUUUAUACUUUUCUACAGCGGGUUUAAAAUUCUGCAGCUGAGGUCUUGAAGAUGCAGAAGGGUACAGUAUGUGGUGCAGAUCGCAGGGAUGAAACGCGACAGAGGGUCAAGUUCACUGACGAACGAGUCUGCAAAAGUCAUCUUCUAAACUGCUGUCCACAUGACAUCCUGUCUGGAACUCGUAUGGACCUGGGAGAGUGCACCAAGAUCCAUGACCUGGCACUUCGGGCAGAUUAUGAAAUUGCUUCCAAGGAGAGAGAUCUGUUCUUUGAGCUUGACGCGGUCGAGCACCUGGAGUCAUUCAUUGCCGACUGUGACCGGAGGACAGAACUAGCCAAGAAGCGCCUGGCUGAGACCCAAGAAGAGAUCAGUGCUGAGGUGGCAGCAAAGGCAGAGAAGGUCCAUGAGCUGAAUGAGGAAAUAGGGAAGCUCCUGGCCAAGGCUGAGCAGCUUGGAGCCGAGGGCAACGUCGACGAGGCCCAGAAAGUCCUCCAGGAAGUUGAGAAGGUCCGCACUAGGAAGAAGGAUGCAGAGGAAGAGUACAGAAACUCAAUGCCAGCCUCCAGCUUCCAGCAGCAGAAGCUUCGGGUGUGCGAGGUGUGCUCUGCUUACCUGGGUCUCCAUGACAACGACCGUCGUUUGGCUGACCAUUUUGGUGGGAAGCUUCAUCUGGGCUUCAUUCAGAUCAGAGAGAAACUGGACCAACUAAAGAAAACCGUGGUCGACAAGCAGGAGAAAAGGAACCAGGAGCGCUUGAAGAGACGAGAAGAGAGGGAGAAAGAAGAAAAGCUGAAGAAGAGGACCAGAUCACGGAGCAGAGAGCAUAAAAGAUCCCGUUCUCGUGACCGCAGAAGGAGGCGCUCACGCUCCACAUCACGAGACAAGCGCCGUUCGCGCUCACGCUCCAGGGAGAGGAGGAGGAGGCAUCGCAGCCGAUCCCGCUCUCGCAGCCGAGGACACCGUCACAACCACGAGCUGAGCUCCAGACACAAGUCGUCCAGGGACCGGGAGCGCUCAUCCAGAGACGGGUCACGGGACAGGAGGGACGGUAUGAACGGCAGGUCGGACUCCCGCCGGGCAGACGACAGGGAUAUGGGGGACCUCUGAAGACCAAACUCCAUCCAUCAGGACACCCAGCCUCCUCCUGUCUCUCUCACCCGUCUGUCCAUUUAUAAUAUCCUAAUGUCACACACAGUCCUUGCCUUGCCCCUUUUGUUCUCCCUUCCCGCCACCUUUCUUUGCUUUAACAGUUAAUGCAGCCGACCCAGAUAUAUCAAAAGAUUGCAUUUGGAUGGGGGGAAUUAGUUAUUGAUCAGUAGUGGAGUGUAUUGUAAUACCCACAUCUGUGAUUUGGUGGCUGUCUGUAUCCAAUACAUCCCAUGUCUUGUUAGAAACUACCCUUCAAUGAUUCCAACAGAAAAAAGCAAACAAACAGAUGGUCUGCUGGACUGAAGCAUAAAGUGUAACUGAUCCAUAUUCUUUUGUUAUUAACUGAUGGUCUUUUGAUACAGAAUCUGUCUAAAUAUCUUAUAUCUGAAUAUGUUUUGGGCCUACUCUGAAAAACGUCAUCCUAUCUUUUUUUUCGGUCUCCCUCAAGAUUUCUUUUCACCAGCUCCUGGCAGGAGUUGUUGACUCCGUGAGUGCAGUUCACGAAUGUCUGUCCACAUUUUUUUUUGGCCACUUAGUUUUCUAAAGUCAAGUUGAAGUCAAUCCCAAUCCCAAUUCAAAAGGUUUUAAAGUUAUGAGUAGUAGUAUCAAUUUUGUUUCCUAUUGUCCACUUUUCUUUUUUUAACUAAUCUAAGUUUUAUUUUAUGCUGCCAGUAGUGAAGGGAAUCUAUUUGAGACUUUAGCCAGAAUAAGUAAAUGCUUGUUUUGAAUUGUAUUGGUGGCAAGUCUCUUGUUUAAUAAUUUGUUUCCAUCUUGAUUUUUUUAUUUAAAUAAAUGGUAACUUCAAAGUUUGUGUCGGCAUGUGAAGCAGUAGGUAAAGAACAAUAGGUAAAGAUGCAUUAGAAGUUCAGUGCUGUAACUGUACAUACCUUAAGUCUUUAAUUUUGGCCCAAUUAAGACAAAUUCCUCUGAAUAGAUUUAUAACUGCAAACCGAUUUGAAUGGAUAUACUGCUUUACCUAAUGUGUGAAGUCAUAUCUGUUUAUGUUCUGCUGGAAAUCUUCCUUUAAAGUCUCAAUUAAAAACCAUCACCAUUUAAA